CGGGCGCAGGCCCCGUCGGGGGGCCCGGAGGGGGGCUGGUCGCGGGCACAGGGGCGGCUCCGGCGGCGGACUCGGACCUCGGACCGGGCGGCGGAGUGACCCGACAGCUGUCCUCUGACACCGGCCCAGCCCCCCUUACUGUGUGGCCAUGAAAGCUGCAAGCCUCUGCCUGCUUCUCCUGCCCGGCCUGCUGGCUCAGGGCCAGUACGAUCUGGACCCAGUGCCUCCAUUCCCGGACCACAUCCAGUACAACCAGUACGGAGAACAGAUCGACAUUGCAGACUACUAUGAUUAUCAAGAGGUGACUUCCCGGUCCCCCGAGAGGCAGUUCCAGUCUCAGCAGCAAGUCCAGCAGGAGGUCAUUUCAGCCCCCACCCCUGAACCAGGUAAUCCAGAGACGGAGCCCACAGAGCCUGGGCCUCUAGACUGCCGUGAGGAACAGUACCCCUGCACUCGGCUCUACUCCAUUCACAAGCCCUGCAAGCAGUGCGUCAACGAGAUCUGCUUCUACAGCCUCCGCCGGGUGUAUGUGGUCAACAGGGAGAUCUGUGUCCGCACCGUCUGCGCCCAUGAGGAGCUGCUCCGAGCUGACCUCUGCCGGGACAAGUUCUCCAAGUGCGGAGUCAUGGCCCUCAGUGGCAUGUGCCAGUCGGUGUCUGCCUCCUGUGCCAGGAGCUGUGGGGGCUGCUAGGGGGCAGCUGGCACCCCCAAGUCUGGGCCCUCAGGCCCAGCCUGACCUGGUGCUU